AUGCCGCUAGAUUCUAAAUGGGCUACAGCUGCAGAGACAAGCCCACAGUCAGAAACUAGGGGACGGAAGGCAUCCUUGUCUAAUAAGAAAUAUGGCCAAAGGAAUGGUGGUGCGAACCCAAUGAAGUGGUCUUCUGCUAGAAGUGGCCAGAAUGAUGAGCCAGCCCAUAUUAGAAGUACUACUGGUAAGUUAAAAAGUAGAGGCACAGAAGUCCCAGCGUCUUCCGGCUCCGCAAACUCUGUUACUAGUGAUCUGGAGCUUUCAGAAUCUAGGCCGUCUACUGGUGGUAGUGACCUCAAUCCCAGGAACCGUAUAUUUGACAGGCAUGUUUCUUCUGACACAGCUGGUGCUGGUAGAAGUGGUACAUCGGAGGAAAAUGAUGGAAUUCAAGAACAAAAACCCAACCCGCUAGCGGUUGUACUAGGGCUUGCUGCGCCCAGUAGUACUCCUAAGGAGCGUACGAAAAGACGGCAUAAUCACAAGCCUGCGACAAGACAUGUGUCGAGGACACACGUAUCAGAAGCGGCCUCAACAAACAGGUUACAUGCCUCAAAUGCCUUAGCUGCUCGUUUAGGAUUCAAUGCUGACGCAAAGGAUCAGAGUGAUGUUUCUGGUCAUGAUAAAGAUGAGCGUCCUUCCAAGGGUAGCCCCCUAAGAACCAAUGUCCUGAAGAAGAAAAUCGAAGAACAGAAGAGAAUGCUUGAAGAGAAAAAACAUAAAGCUCUACAGAAGCAGAUCUUGGAUGAAUUCCUAUGCGACGAAUGCCCAUUGGAAUGGGAUGAGAGUGAAUUGGUAGGACAGUUGGAUAGGUUACAAUUUAAACCUGGUUCAAAUAACAUAAAGUAG